AUGCCCGGCAUGCGGUCGACGCCGCUAUCCUUACUCAGGGAGUCCCUACGGUCUGGGACAUUUUCACAAUCCAGCUCAUUCCGGGCAUCCAGUCGUUUACGCAACUUUUCAUCCCAACCGUUUCCUCGGCCAUCGAGUCAGCAACCGCGAGCUAGGAGCAAUGCAUUCGUUUGUCUAGGGGGAAGUGUGAGGAAGGAUACACCUAAGGACGGGGGGGAGACGGCUGCAGUAGAUGGCCCCGAGGUGGUGAAGCCAUCGGCUUCCAAUACAACUCAGCUCCCAUCCCAGGAGGAGCGUCUACGUUCCAAUCUUUCAAAGAAGUUUGAGGAUUUGAUGGAUAACAUGCAAUCGAACAUCUUCGUCGCUGGGCAGCACUUAAACGACCUGACCGGAUAUACGGCAAUUGAGAAAUUGAAGCAGGAGAUUCGGGUUCAAGAGGAACUUGUUCGCCAUACCCGUGCCAAAGUCCGGGAGGCCAAGGAAGCGUAUUCAUCUGCUAUCAACUGCCGGUCAACUUCGCAACGCGAGGUCAAUGAGCUCCUUCAACGAAAACACGCCUGGACCCCCACAGACCUCGAACGUUUUACAUCUCUUUACCGCUCUGAUCAUGUAAACGAGCGAGCAGAAAUAGAAACGCAAGAAGCGCUUUCAAACGCCGAGCGUGAAGCCGAAGAAGCGACCGCUGAGCUGAGCAAGAAUAUAUUGACGCGGUACCAUGAGGAGCAGGUGUGGUCUGAUAAGAUCCGGCGUAUGAGUACCUGGGGAACCUGGGGGUUGAUGGGUGUUAAUGUGCUGCUGUUUCUGAUCUUUCAGAUUGCUGUUGAACCCUGGAGGAGGCGGAGGAUGGUUAAAGGGUUUGAAGAUAAGGUUGUGGAAGCGCUGGAGAGGGAGAAUAACCGUCCUGUUGGAGAAGGUUCACCGGCAGUUGAUGAAGGGAAAGGAGUUUCCGACGCUGAGAAGGAUGGCGGUGUCACAACUGUAGCAGCAUCCGAUAUACCUGAAUCAGCGGAUAAUGUUGAACCUGCUCUAGAGACGGCGGCCAUGGAGGAACCAUCCGAUCAGGUUAAGCCUGCAGAGGAGACUCAAGCGCCAACUCCGGAAUUGCCGCCCCUGACCCCCAUCCUUCCACCGGAUCUUGACCUCGCACCCGAAUCGUGGGGUAAGACCACCAGGGCAUUCUUCACUGAACGACGGGUUACGCUCUCACAGCGUGACUUGACCACUGUGGCAUUGGAGAGCGCUGCAGUGGGAGCAGCGGUGAUGGGAGGAGUCCUGAUUGCUUUCUUUCGGCUAGGGUGA